AUGGAUAGUCCAACCACAGACUCAUUCAUGAACCUCCAAACCCUCUUACUUGACACUCCUCUACCAACUUCCUCAAACCCAACUCCGCCUCCUACCCCCCAAAAGGCUAUACACCCAACUCAUGAAACAAAAUCCGCCAUACAAUUGCCAGAUCCCAAAUCAACAAAUAGCGAACAACACCCAAGAGCUUCUCGUCAACCAGCAUAUACCUCCUUUAGUAGUUUCGGUCUACGAGAACCCGCAGGCCCAAAACGUGUCGAGACUUCUAGCCAAGAGGGCUUAGGCACUGCCUCUUCUCCUCCUACCGCCAUGCAACAGAUCAAAAGUGUGCUGGGAAUCGAGCCACCUCAAAAGUAA